AUGAGCGUGUUUGAAAUUCUGGAGAUGGACGGACGAGACUCUGCCUUUCUGGCCGCGAGGAGCAGAUUACCCAGAGACCCCAGUGUGGUGGGCGGAGUCUGUACGGGGAAUGAAGACUCCUCCCCCUGCAGUAGCCAGGGGGAGGGGCCAGAUGACAACCAGCUGGAGGAUGUGCUGUGUGAGCUGGGAGCGGGGGCGGAGCUUAACCUGGAGCUAGACUUGAGGGUGGAGCCUGAGGACAGCAUGCAUCUUCAGGGGGAGGGGCUUAGCUGGGAGACGAACGAGCCAGAGGCCAGUCCUGAACCGACAGCAGCCUCCACAGAUCUCUCCAAAGCAUCGUCUCUGUCGGAGCAGCUCCUGCAGGGUCGUGAGGAGGGGGUGGGGCUAAACAUGGAGUGUCGUAUCUGUGGCGACAGAGCAUCAGGAUUCCACUACGGCGUUCAUGCCUGUGAGGGAUGCAAGGGAUUUUUCCGAAGGACCGUACGUCUGAAGCUGGAAUAUGGUAAAUGUGACCGCAGCUGUAAAAUCCAAAAGAAAAGUCGGAAUAAAUGUCAGUUCUGUCGUUUUCAGAAGUGUCUGAUGCUCGGGAUGUCCCAUGAUGCGAUCCGAUACGGGCGGAUGCCAGAGGCAGAGAAGCGUAAGCUAGUGGCGGGUCUGUUAGUUGGGGAAAAGAGCUCUCAGAACUCCAGCGGGUCAGAUCUAAAAUCUCUCGCCAAACGGGUCAACAACGCCUACCAGAAGAAUCUGAACAUGACCAAGAAGAAAGCUCGCAACAUCCUGACAGGGAAGACCAACGCAAGCCCGCCGUUUGUCAUUCAUGACAUGGACUCGCUGUGGCAGGCGGAGAACGGGCUGGUCUGGAAUCAGGUGAUUAACGGAGCUCCGCCCAAUAAGGAGAUCGGUGUGCACGUGUUUUACCGCUGUCAGUGCACGACCGUGGAAACUGUACGAGAGCUCACAGAGUUCUCCAAAAGCAUACCGGGAUUCAUCAACCUUUUCUUGAAUGACCAGGUGACGCUGCUGAAAUACGGGGUCCAUGAGGCGAUCUUCGCCAUGCUGCCAUCGCUCAUGAAUAAAGAUGGGCUGCUGGUGGCAAACGGGCGAGGCUUUGUGACGAGAGAGUUCCUGCGCAGUCUCCGCAAACCCUUCAACGAGAUCAUGGAGCCGAAGUUUGAGUUUGCAGUGAAGUUCAAUGCUCUCGAGCUGGACGACAGCGACCUGGCUCUGUUUGUAGCCGCCAUUAUCCUGUGUGGAGAUCGUCCAGGUCUUAUGAACGUCCACCAGGUGGAGGAGAUCCAGGACAACAUCCUCCAGGCCCUGAAUCAUCACCUGCAGCUCAAUCAUCCCGACGCCAGCUUCAUCUUCCCCAAACUGCUGCAGAAGCUGGCAGACCUGCGCCAGCUGGUGACGGAGAAUGCGCAGCUGGUGCAGAAGAUCAAGAAGACAGAGUCUGAGACGUCGCUGCACCCGCUGCUGCAGGAGAUCUACAGGGACAUGUACUGAGCCAAACCAUUCCAGGCGGAUCACUGUGACCUUCAGCUCUCGGGCAAUCAGUGCAAACUGAACUCUAAUCCAGACCGGGUCACCUGUGGCGGGGCGAUGCGUUUGUGCGGAUCAAAGAGAAGUCAGCGAAACAGAAUAUUGUGCUGUUAGCUGUUUAAACACAACGGCCACAAUAUCUUGUUUUUUGCUGUAAACGACUUCAAUUUGCAGCAGUGCAUUCCUAUUCAUGAUGGGGGCGCGAUGCAGUGUUUUUUAAGGCUACGUUUACACCAAAACGAUGUAGAC